AAGGAAUGCACUGAUCAAAUAAUCAAGGCAUCAGUGACCAAGGAUGCCAAGGGCCUAUUAGUAGCUGCUAGUAUAAUUGUUGUUAUUUUAAUAGUCGUUGGGUUUUAAGUCUUUACUUGUUUCUUUGUGGUGUUCCUAGUAUUUUCCUAGUACUUGGAAACCCUUCCUUUUGCCUUAUCUGAGGUCACGAAAGAGUGGGAGGGGUUGGUGGAUGUUCACAGCUGCGGCAGUGUGUCCAAUUGGGAAGCUCCUAGGGUCACUUCUGGCGUGGUGUUGCUAUAUCUCCAGAGUCCUUAACUAGUACCAAAUUGUACUCUUGUAUCUCAGGAAGGGGAUCUUCUUGGAUGGUGAGUUGGUCUGAACUUCAGGAGGUUGUUAGCAACCUGUUAACCUUGAUUGUUUGUACUUUUGGAUGUUAUGUGGAUGAUCAAUUUUAUCGACUGGAACUUGGAACUGUUCUAAUUACUUGUUGAACCCCAUUGUUCCGGCAUCAAUCAGAGAAUCAGAAGAUCGAAUCAAGUAUUGAACGUUAUCGCUGCCAUCUUCACGACCUUCCAGUUUACUUUUGAUGAUGGAGGAAAUAUUGAAAGAUGAAGAAUCAUUUGUAAAAUUGUCAGAAUCUAUCAGAUCGAAGCUUACAGAACUGUUUCCAAUAACUUCAAAGUGGAGCAUUUACAGGGUAAAUGACAAUCUUAGAUCUGUAAACAACGAUGCCUACAGCCCUCAUAUCAUCUCCAUAGGGCCUCUUCACCAUGGAAAGGAAAACUUGGUAGUUAUGGAAGAACAAAAGCUGAGGUACAUGCAGUCCUUUCUUCAAAGAACAGAGGAUCCAGAGAAAAGUUUGGAAUAUUGUGUGGAGACCAUUCUAGGCUUCGGUGAAGAAGCCCGUGCCUGCUAUUCGGGACCUAUCACCGAUUACAAUGAUGUUGAGCUUGGAGAAAUGUUGUUGCUUGAUGGUUGUUUUAUAGUCGAAUUAUUUCUUAGGAACUCAUAUGAUUCAGAAGAGAAACUUAAUGAUCCUAUAUUUACAUCAGCUUGGAUGAUUCCAAGUCUGCAGCGCGACUUAGCGCUUCUUGAGAACCAAAUUCCUUUCUUUGUUCUUGAAUUUUUGUUUCAGGUCAUAAGAAGGAAGAAACUUGAUGAUUACCUGAUCACGCUUGUACUUCAUUUCUUUAAGCCGAUUUUGUGUAUCAGUGAAGAAAUGUUCAUGAGAAAACGUUCACUGAUCUCCACCAACAGCAGACAUUUACUUGACGUAAUACACUACAGCUUCCUCCCCCUAGACGACGAUGAUCUGAAGAAGAGACGGAGGAGGAAUGGAGGAUCCUGGGAACUCAUACAUUCCGCGACAGCUCUUAGGGAGGCUGGAAUCAGAUUCGAGAAGAAGAAAACAAACAAUCUAUUCGACUUCAAGUUCAGAAAUGGUGUCUUCAAAAUCCCACCGCUGCACGUCCACGUCUCAACAGAUUCUCUAUUCAGAAACAUGAUUGCUUUCGAACAAUGUUGCCAUGACCGAUCAUACAUUGCCUCGUACUGCAUCCUAAUGGACCGACUCAUCGAUACUGCAAAAGAUGUGGAGUUGCUUGAGCACCAGCAGAUCAUAGAAAAUGGUUUAGGUGCCUGUGAAGAUGUUGCUACACUCUUUAACAAUAUAAGCAAGCAUGUGACGCUGAAAGAGUUCUAUUUUGCUGGACUUUGUGAUCAGGUUUAUGAAUACUAUGACACUCCCUGGUACAGAUACAAAGCAGCUUUGAGAAGAGAUUAUUUUACGAAUCCAUGGAGCAUCAUCUCAUUCAUUGCAGCCAUUGUUCUUCUUUUUCUUACUGCAUUGCAGUCAGCAUAUUCUGUAUUUUCUUAUUACCAUCGAUGAUCAAUUUUGACUUUUUUUCCGA